CCAAUAGUGACGUAAUCAAACAAUCAAGGAAUAAACGAAACCUACAGAACCGAAAGGUAAAUAUCCCUGGCUGGUAACUCCUUACUGACGAAUUUCCGAUCUUUACGGAGUCUUUACAACAUCCUCCAUUAGCCACACGUCUGAACCAGGAUGUCAGUGCAGUUCUCCGGCUGGGAGGUGUUUGACGAUGGCGCUUCUUUUCCUGGUUUGGAGCUGGACUCGUCCCAGAAACCCCGAAGCAGGGGCGUCUACACCAUGUACCACGGGACCAGCAUCACCAGUGCACGAGUCAUCAUUGCCAACGGUUUUAAACAGUCUUCAAAGGGCAUGCUGGGAAUGGGCGUGUAUGUCAGUCGUAAUAUAAAAAAGGCGACAGCUUAUCCUCUGAAAAGUAAUCCUACGGACCGAGUUGUCCUUCAGGUACAUGUGCGCGUUGGCCGUGUCAAGCGCAUUGACAAGGACAACCAUCCCAUGCAGCAAACAUGGCACUCACAUGGCUACGACACUGCUUGGGUGCCCCCCAAAGUUGGCCUCCUAGCAGUGCGCAGUGGCCUGGAGGAGGACUGUGUGUUUGAUCCCAAAAGAGUGAAAGUGGUAGGCAUCGCAAAGGCACCAAAUGAUUCCAUACAGAAAGAACUUCAACAGCUUCUGAUACAAUCAUCUGGAAGAGGAGGUGAGGGUGCUGCAGAGGUGUGUUCACUGUGUAAGAGAAAGACCCAGCAGGGCGCUCCACACAUCAAGCAGCAGUGCUGGGAGUGUGGGAAAAACAUCUGCAUUCUCAUGUCCAAGCAUUUCUGUCCAGCCAAACCCUGACGGGGUGAGCGAAGGGGGUGUUGAUGAUUAGAUUUGACUCUGAUAUUGAAACAUUUUUCAAGAUUCAAGGCUUUUAUUGUCAUUUGUACAUAGCUACAGUGUAGUUAUGUUGAUGACAAUCUUAGGUCGCAGGCUCCUCCAACAGUGCAACACAAUAAAACUGAUAAAUACAAGUAAAUACAAUAAAAUAGAAUAGAAGUAAUGCCAUAAGAGUCUAUAUACAAGUGAUACAUAAUUCGUAAGUUGCAAACAGGUGAAUGUUAUGGAUGUUCUUAGUUCAGGUGUUUAACAGUCUUAUGAAUGAAAUAUGUUUUAGAUUGACUUUUAAAAUCUGUCCAGGGACUACAGAUGAAAAAUAGCCUCUUGGCUAACUCUGGCACAUUUACAGAAAUGUUCAUUAAUGUGCACUGUCCCUGUUAAAUAAAUGAAUAAAUUAAAAUUAAGAUUAUGGCCUGUGGAAUGAAACUGUCCCAUAGUAACAUGUUUAAAUAUGUAUUGCUCAAUGUAUUUUGGGGAUCUUUUGUAAGUUAUCUAUAAAAUCUCAUUCCUGAAUUGACUCUCAUUUAAAGUCAACUGUAGCUUGUUCGUUUUAUAGUUCUACAUAUUAUAUAUUUUAUUGAUUAUGCUCUCUUAUUAGUAUACCAUUUUGAACACAUGCAAAGGACACAUAACACAUGACAAGGCAAAAGGAUGUUUUCUCUCCAACAUUUGACAUUCAUUUUUUUGGGAUAUAUUUGUAUGUAAAACAUGGGACUGAAAUAAUUUGCGAAAACCAAUAAAUGUCAUUAUAAUCUAA